AAAAAGCUUUUGGUUCCUUAUCCGGGGACUAGGCUGGCUGGUGUGAUUGGACAAGGGAGUCACAUGGUGAAAGUAACUUUACGGGGUCGCCAGCUUGUAGGAGGGCUUUAUGGAGCAGAAAAACGACAAAGCGAGAAAAAUUAUUUUCCACUCCAGAAAUUAAUGAUCAUGAGCUCCUAUUUGAUGGACUCUAACUACAUCGAUCCGAAAUUUCCUCCAUGCGAGGAAUAUUCGCAAAAUAAUUACAUCCCAGACCACAGUCCGGAAUAUUACAGCCGGACAAGGGAGUCCAGCUUUCAGCAUCAUCACCAAGAAUUGUACCCACCACCAAGACCAAACUACCCAGAGCGCCAAUACAGCUGUGCCAAUAUUCAAGCUCCCGGCAACCCAGCCGCGCACCAAAGGGGACAUGGGCAAACUCAAGGAGGCCACCACCUCUCAGAGAAACCGCAGCAGUUGUGUGAGCAGACUGCUCUUUCCAGUUCCUCCACCUCUCCUUCCCCAGCCCCUCCAGCCUGCAACCAGCCAAACCCUGAGCAUCUUAACAGCACAGCUUCUAAGCAACCUAUAGUCUAUCCAUGGAUGAAAAAAAUCCACGUCAGUACUGUGAAUCCCAAUUACAAUGGAGGCGAGCCCAAACGUUCCAGGACUGCGUAUACAAGGCAGCAGGUCUUGGAGUUGGAAAAGGAGUUUCACUAUAACAGGUACCUGACAAGGCGACGGCGCAUCGAAAUAGCUCACUCCUUGUGUCUCUCGGAAAGGCAGAUCAAAAUCUGGUUUCAGAACAGGCGGAUGAAAUGGAAAAAAGACCACAGGCUGCCCAAUACCAAAGUCAGAUCCUCGACUCCAUCUAAUUCAUCGGCGGGCACCAUUGCUGCUGGUAACGCGGCCCCCAGCGAGGAACUAUCACCGAGUACAACUCAGGAUCAGCGAGCAGAGGAUAUCACAAGGUUAUAAACAAUAUCACACACACACACACAAAAUUGACUCUGAUUAUUUAUAGAAUCUAAUAUAUAUAUAUAUAUAUAUUUUGGUUCUUUUCUUGUAGUUUUCCUGUGCGUAUAAAAAACAAUGAGGUCUUCUGUAAGACCACAGGCUUAAAUGCAUGUAACAUAGCAUGAAGCCAGGUGACCGAGUACCUGCAGGUUUUUUUACGCCAUUUCAGGGUUUUAUUUAUUUUUAAGGGGUAAGGAAGGGGGGGAGAGGUCAAUGUUCUGUUAGAUGAAUUUAAUGAACAAAUAAGAAUAAUCAAAAAGAAGGAGAAUGUAGGUAUUUUACCCCCUGCAUUACAAAUGCACAAUGAUCUGCCGAGAAUAAAAUGGAGCAUUGAAAUUCUUUUGUAUAAAUGUGAAAAAAGCUAAAAAAAAAAUCAUGAUUCAAAAGAAAAAAAAAAUCACACAAACCAGGUUGAGCGAGUAAUUGGUUGAAAUUUUGAGAUGCGGGGAAAAAAAGAAAAGGGAAGGAUAGUGACAUAUUUAAAAAAAAGAGCAAGGUUUAAACAAAGUCAGUAGCUAGUUUUUUUGUCGUGGUUAUUUGUGUUUUUGGACUGAUUUUACAUGAUCAUUGUAAACUUGCAAUAAAGCGUUUUAGUGUGUAUGUGAAAGUCCCAGUGUUCAAUAAACCAGUGAGUGUGAAUUAGUUUUA